AUGGAAAGGGCUACCAAUGAUAAAGCAGCAGCUUCCCGAGUCCCACAAGAGUCGGCGUGGUUGUCGUCCGAAGGGUCUUCGGAUGAAAUAACGGGUCAGUACCGUGAGUAUCGGAGAUGUGGAGGUCGAAGUAACAAGAAGCACUCAGAUACUUACGACUCCGGAACUUCUGACUCUGAGCCGAGUGAAUCGGAUGAGGAGUCUGAAGGCGACGAAUCCGCUGAUGAUCAAGAUAGUCCAGUCUCUCUGAAGGACACGGAGGUGACUGACGGCGACUUUGAUCGCCUGGUGGAGAGUCUGCGCCAGACCGACGUUGGCUCCGACACUUCAGGCUUAUUAACUAAAGUAUGGGACUUCAAUGCCGAACAGCAGGAUGCCGAGUUUAAGGACGACCUGCGGGCUGCUUCUGGUGUAGGUCGAGUAAAGAAGAAGCGAGGCCGACGAAUUGGACCGGUGCUGUCCCAGCAGGUGAAGUCCCUGAUUGGGGACGGCAACCAGGCCUAUGUCGAUAAUGACCUCAAGGAAUCCAUCCGAAUUAUGCUGGAGGUCAUACGUAUUGAGCCGAGGGCUGCCUCCGCUUGGUCUGUACUUGCACAAUGUCAUGAAGACUUGGGCGAGAUGCAGAAGGCACUGCAGCUGCGUAUCAUGGCAGCACAUCUGUUGCAUGACCCCGAAUUGUGGGAGCGGCUUGCGGCACAAUCAAAGCAGCUAGGGUACAACGAACAGGCGAUAUAUUGUUAUCGUAAAUUGUACACCUUGGACCCAACUAACGUCAAAGCCCUCCUCGACCGCGCCUUCAUCGCGAAGGAGAUCGGUGACCUGCGGACGGCGCGCCACUCCCUUCUGACAGUGUUAAAACAUAUGCCCCAUGACCUGGGGGUACUCAAAGAAUUGCGGCCCAUCCUAAUCGAAACCUCUGACUUAUCAACGUGCGCCUCUCUUUUCCAGUCCGCAUUCGAACACUAUCAGUCCGUGUUCCCGUCCGGGCAUACCAUCGAUCCCGAGAGUGGUGCCCCCAUUCCGGGAGGAGGCUUCGACAUGAUGGACCUCUUCGUUCUCGCCGACCUGUACAAUACGAGCACCUUGGCUCAGUACGAGAAAGCCGUCCAGGUCAUCAAGAGAGGUUGUCGCUGGCUGCAAGGCAGACUGCAACAGAGGUACUGGGACAUGUGUGAGGAUGACAGGGAAUACGAUGUGGAUCCUGUAACAAUGCCGCACUACGAUUUUGUACGCGACGGCGAACCAAGGCCUGGAAUGUAUCCUCUUGACGUCAACGCGAGACAUCGUCUGGCUGUCGCUCGAAUAAAGAUGGGAGAUCUUGAAGAAGGGAAAAUGCAUGCGAACAUUAUUUUGUCUGAAGAUAUAAUGGACUACGCUCCGCUAUUUGCCGAGAUUGCGGACGCGUAUUUCGAGCGUGAACUGUAUGCUGAAGCUAGACAUAUAUACGAACAACUCGGCGCGGACGCAAGUGCUGCAGCCUGCCGUCGUAUGCUGGGUGAUUUGAGGGAAGCGGCAGAGGUCUACCAUCAUGCUGACCACGUGGAAGUUAUUCUCGCGGAUCCUCUAAACAAUGAUGCCAAGAUGAAAUUGGCAGAGAUAUAUGAAGUGUUGAAUGAGCCUAGAAAAGCUCUUGACUUGGUGCACCAAGGCAAGUAUAGCCGUAAUGCCGGACUCGAAGAACGCUCAUGGGUAUAUCGCCCCAAUCGCCCAGAUGAUGAGCAGGGUACCCCUGCUCCUGGUUCUUCCCUUUUCGAAGAGAAAUCACGUGGAAGAACGAAAACUGCACCUUCGAAAUCAAAAUCAGGAUUGACUGCUGCGCAGGUUAAAGCGCUCGAAGAUCAGAAGGAGAGGGAAGCCUUAAGAGCGUAUUCGCGGAUAAAGGAUCUGUGGCCGGGAAUGAUGAAAGGAGAUGAGGCAUCCGAACGGGAAUGGCUGUUAGAGGCGGAAAAACUUGUGGAGACCUUCCGAGAGACCAGAAACCUGUUCUUAACAACGAAGCACAAUCCAUUUCAAGGGAUGUUCCGUCAACGCCGUCCAUCAAAACGGUCCAACGAAGCCGAGGAGGACAAUAUGGCGUCGCGACUGCAGCUUGAGCUCGAGAGCGAGCAGUUGUCGCAGAAGACUAAGGAUACACGCGGAAAAGUGAACGCCUUUCGAGGAGUGUCAUUUGAUGAAUGGCUACAGUUGUUCAUGCAGUUCGCAUUCCUUCUCACUAACCGUGGCCAGUACACCAUCGCGGAAGAAGUGCUCCGGCAUAUAUUAUACUCAAAUGCCUAUCAAGAACCGUCUGUGAAGGAUACAAUCAGAUUGGCUAUAAUAGCGUGUGCCAUUCGUGCCGGUCAAUUUUCCGUAGUAGUGGAACAGUGUCGUCGGCUAAUCAACAUACAUCAAUUCAACAAUGAACCGUUCCGACUCCUCUGUGCCACACUAGCAAGUGGCUUGCCACAGACCGACGCCUUCAUCGUAUCCACUCUACAGAAACAUAUCCUGAGAGACUUGAAGAUCCACGAUACCGCGGUCAAGAACAGGGAUGCACUUAAGUGGAACGUAGUCAGCCACCGGUGGACUAUGGCUUCUGCAGGUUCAAGCAAGACAGAUGAUGGGGACGAAGGAGUGGAUGACGAUGCUGCUGAGUUUGUCCGAGGUGCAAGCAUAACGACUACAAGCUCGGACAGCGCCAAGCCGCCCUAUCCGACCACACACAACCCCAUGAUUGUUGGUAUAUACGGUCAAAUUUGUUGCGCUGCCAAGAGUUAUCAAAGUGCCAUAUGUCGUGCUAUGCAAAGGCAAGCGGACAACCGACACCAUCUAGUGGCGCAGGGCUUAGCAUUUCUGUCGAGGUACCGCACGCUGCGCACUAACUUGUCGCCUAAUUUGUUGGACGAGGUCGAGUUCAACUUUGGCAGGGCCUUCCAACAACUAGGGCUUCACUCGCAUGCGGCUCGACAUUAUGAGCAUGUCUUAGCCCUUUCCGAAGAUAAACGGGUCCGGCACGAGGAUAUUGGAAUAGCGCGCGAAGCUGCGUAUAAUCUCUCGUUGAUAUACGCGACUACGGGUGCGACCCCGCUGGCACAAGCUCUUUACCAGAAGUGGCUUUCCUUGUGA